AUGACGUACGACGAGAGCCGAAUCACCAGCCAUGUGCGGACCUACAACUGGCCGCCUCUGCAGCUCAACUUCUGGAUCUUCGUCAUGCUUCUCGCCUCGUGCACCGUCAUCGGCGUCUUCUCAACCUUUAUCCAAAUCCAAAACCAACUUCUCCUUCCUGUACCUUGGUACUUCCCCUACCUCAUCACGGUCGCGUCGCUUGGCAUCUUAUUCAUUGGCAUAAUAUUCUGGUUGAUUGCUCAACGACGACUGUUGCCGGCAAUUGUCAUGAUUGGAGCAUUUAUGCUCUUCGUCCUGUGGCUAGUCGGUUUGGUCAUUGUCGCGAUCCAGCUGUUUGGUCCUAGCAACUCCAUCAACAGCGUCUGUAGUGUUGAGGUAUUUGGUCGGAACCCCACAGGACAAAACGAGGCGACGAUGGCAUGGUUACAACAGAGGAACAUCUGUCAAUCAUGGCAGUUAGUCUUCGCCAUGACUCUAAUUGGAGUCAUUUUCCAGAUCUGGGUCAUGGUCAUGUCUUACCAGGUGUUUGUCAUGUCGUAA